AUGUCCGGAAACUCAAACCUUGGCAACAGCGCCGUUUACGAGGCUGGCGAUCAGAGAAACGCCAAGGAGGAGGAGACCAACAACGCCGAGCGUUUCCACGAGGGCAAGGAGCACUCUCACUUGGCGACAGACUCCAAGGAUGAGCGUUCCAUCGCCAACAGACUCGCUGCUGAGGAGAAGAAGAACAAAGAGGGUGAUGAGGAAGAGUCCCUCGAGACCCGCCUUGGCAAGGAGGACGCCACACUCCCCGCCAAGCUGCACGGUAACAAGCCUUCCAGGGGUGCCGAGAUCGACAAGCAGCUCCAGGAGGAGGACGAGCUCCGCCUGAAGCAAAAGGCUGGAAAAUAG